GUCCCAAAUUCUCCAGAAAUCCUGUGUCAUGUCCGCCCACUCUGCAGGAAUCGUGGCUGACUGGGUGCAGCCGAAGAUGGCGGCGGGGUGUGUGCACAGGCUGGCAGGUGCUGUGUGCCCUCCAAAGUUGUCCAAAGAACAUUCUUUUGGCUGGUUUUUGAUGUUGUAUGUUUCUGCAAUUCUUGUACUAUCGACAAGACAUCAGUAUUUUCAAAAGAACAAUGACUGUUCUCCCGUGCCCGCCCUUCAGAGACAAUACGCAAUCUACUCCAAGUUGCUCAACAACGGAAAAGCCACUGCCGGCCCAGUGACUCACGAAAAGCUGAAAUCGCAGAAAGAAUUAACUGGACAUUUAGAGUUGGUUCUGGUGCUGUUACUAGCCGGUGACGUUGAAAUCAAUCCCGGACCACCACCACCACCACUUCCCCCACUGGUUCAGAGCACCAUACAAUCUGUAUCGUCAAUGAAUGACGGUCAACUCGCCGGGACAAGUAUCAACUCUAUUAGCCAGGGCUGCUCACCUAUGUGCGUCAUGUCUCGUCCUCUGGUGUCGACGCGCACUCCGGGUGAUCUCGGUGUGAUGAUCGGGGGGUCGCCUCUUGGCCCGCUGACAGCUGCGCCUGGAUCUUCCGGGUUGGUUCCGAGACAUGGAGAUCGACGACGACCACCACCACCGCAGCAGGGAUUGGGGACGCGCCUAAACCUGUACGGAUUACCGUCUGGACACAACGGCAGCACACCGCUGGCCCCAACCUCGGAUUUUACAUCAGCGUCGGAGCCGUUUGUUGGCCGGGUGAAGCCGACGCGGCCAGCUUCUGCUGGCAGCUGCACCGGGGUUCACGGAGAGUCUCCUCGCCAGCGUGUUACCGGAGUUCAUCAAAAGGAAAACCGUGAGUGGGAUGGCUACCAGGGCCACGGCACGAGGAGACUGUCAUGUGCCAUACAGACGCACAAAAUUUGCAAAGACUGUGCUCUCUGUAAAAGGCACCAAGUACUGGAAUAGUCUUCCAUCAUCUAUUAGAGAAACUCCAACACUUGCCACAUUUAAGCUUCACCUAAAACAGUGGCUUAAGGAAAACCAGGCCUGUGAACAUUUUUAGUGUAACUCUCCUUCUGUUUGUAUUGUGAUGUGUUUCUCUUUUUCUGUCACCUGCCUGGGGACUACAGAUGGAAAUUAGCAUUUCUGCUAUAAUCUGGCAUAUUUACACUGCUAUUGUUGCAUGUGUUCAUUAAUAUGCACUGUCCCUAUUAAAUAAACUAAUAAAAAAAAA